GUCUGUCUGCUCGCUCCCCUGGAAAGCUGGAAAGGAAGGAAGGAAUCUGGAAUCUGUUCCAUUGGGACUUGCUGUCAAUACCUUACCUUGCAAAGGUAACUUACGGAGUGCUUUGAGUCGGAUCCGAACGAAUUGACACUGAGUUUACGCAGGAGAGUAAGAGAGGGAAGGAACCACCCGAAGCAACCAACUUUCCACCCGGCAAGAGCGAAUUAAAACUGGGACAAGACGGCGACUUCCAUUGCUGUUUCCUGCUCAUCUUGAGUUCAGGUCUCUUGACGUCCAGCCUCACACACUCACACCUCACACACACACACACACACACCUCACUACAUCCCACAUCCCACCUCCCACCUCAACCUAACCACAUCCACUUUUUUGUCUCAUUUCCCUCCUCAUUCUCAUCUCUUUAUCCGCUCCAUCGUCCGUUGUCCGACGUCUUUGUUUCCCACAGAGCCUCCCUUCCGGUACUUGUGGAUGAAGCUAUUUUGAUUCCUACAUUCAUUCCUUGAGCAUUCAUCCCAGCGCAACAACAAGGAGAUAGGAGGGUCCACGUCUUGUUUGUCCUUCUCUCAGAUCCUACCGUACCGAGUAUGAUCCACGACGGCCCUGCGCAUUAAUCUCCACAACCACCCGCCUGCCCUGACCAGCCUGUCCUCGUUGGCUUGUUUAUGCCCCCUUUGGACUUUGGACCGGAAGACAUGACGACACCCAGCCUGAGCUGACCCUUCUCUCAUCUUUUUGCGCCUUUUUGGACACAACAACCUUCUUCCCGGUCUCAUCCACAUCGGUUUCUGGACCUGUUUCCUAGCGGCCGACUUGCGACAAUCGUGGCCCAGCUGUCACUCCUCCCCCACAUCAUUUGCUGCGCUUGACCUUGGGCUGUCGAAGGGAGCCCGACCUCACAUUUGGUGCUUCGUCCACUCCUUGCUCUGUGCGCUGACGCUGGUCCCUCGACGCUCGUUUAGCCUUUCCCGACCUCGCCUCGGGUUCGCUCCUUCUAACUUGCGCCGACGACGACAAUUGCGACGCCGUGAACGCUCAUCCGUAUUUCACGAUGCCGCCCUCUGCUGCUGCGGCAAAGAAGCAGAAGAAUAAGCAGACGCUGACAUUGGCACAACUGGCAUCGUACGAUGAUUUCCUGACUGAUGCUCUGGUCGAUCAUGUUUUCUACUGGACUACGAUUCCCAAGAACAGAAACUCCUAUCAUCCUUCGCGAGGCGUGCGGGAGGAGGAUAUUACCCAAAUCAUCCGCGACGAGCUCGCUGUCAAUAAAGACCUCGAAUCCGCUGAGCGCAAGUUGCUAGCUACCGAUGGCUUCCGCAAGUUCUUCGCCGCCCUCAAGACGGACAAAUCCAAGGAUGAUUUCAAGCGUCAUAUGCGCCGCUAUGUUCAGAUUUACCUUCCCGACUGCCCGUUUGAGGUAAACUCAACGAAUCGCUACACAAUUGUGUCGCACGAGGCCGCCAUCACUGCCCGACGCUUCAUACGGCGAAACGAGACGAUCAAGUACUUGGCCGGAACGCAGGUCAACAUUUCGCCUGAGGAGGAGCGAGAAAUGACGGCCCGGAAGAAGGACUUUAGCAUCAUCAUUUCCGCCAGGAACAAAUGCGCCAGCCUGUUCAUGGGCCCUGCCCGAUUCGCGAACCACGACUGCAGAGCCAAUGCGAAGCUCAUGACUACGUCUUCAGCCACGAUUGAGAUCAUUGCGACGAGGAACAUCGAUGUUGGCGAAGAGAUUACCGUUACAUAUGCCGAGAACUACUUCGGGGAGGACAAUUGCGAAUGUCUGUGCAGAACAUGCGAAGACAGAUGUGCAAACGGUUGGGCACCGGCAGAAGGAGAAGUUGUGGUCAAGAAAAGCAUCGAGGAGUCCGCUUUGGACGGAUACUCUUUGCGCCGGAGGAGAAGGGACGAUAGCGCCGGCCCGUCGUCUCGAACACCUUCUGUCACGCCAGACAUCCGGCCACGAGUGUCUAAAUCACGGCUCCGGAGCGGGAAAUCUGGCCGAGAUUCUCUAGCAGUCGACUCACCAAUGUCAGAUGCUCUUUCACCAGAAAAGAAGCAGUCCUUCGAUUCACUCGUCACACCGCCCAUCACGCCAUCCAAAAGACGAAAAAUCUCGGCGACGCAAGCAGCCAAAGCCCGUCAGGAAGCUAUUGUCACGUCAACAGAGAGCUCGGCCUCCGAGUCUGUGCGCAGCAUGUCAUUGACCAGUAGCGGAAACGAAGACGGGUCGGUGACGGACAUUACUGAGCCGGAGAAAGACUCCCCGGAACCGAACCAAAGUCAGAAGCAUUCGGAGCUUGUCAAGAAAGAAGAGUAUGAGGAGACCACAGAGCUAGCACUGGCUAAGGCGGCGCCGUACUCGUCGCAAAGAAGGGGCCAAAAGGAAAUGACAGAUCCUAGUCGAGUUGGAUCUGUUGUUGUCUCUCGGUCAAUCCCCAUCUCGUCCUUGUGCAAUCCUCCGUCGCCGCCUUCUAAAACCUCGGGUUCAAAUAUUUCAGGAUGGCUAUACCCGGCGAGCAUCCCUCCGUACAAGAUACAGGAUCGUAUGAGUAUCGCAGCUGCUAUGUGCAGCAGCGUGAGCACAAAGCCAGUGGGAAUGUCACCAACAGGCGCAUCGAAAAGCUCUAGCACGAGCAGUUUGAAGCUGACACAAAACGUUGCUAAAUCCCUCUCAACAAAAGAGUCGCUCGGAAGCUCUCGUCGCGAGGCCGUGGUGAAAACGUCAAAGGUUGAGGCUCUUGCGUCAAUAGAGCAAGACGGGUUGGGCGAUCGCAGCUCCGUCACCGUGCAGACUGCAAAGGUCGAAGCACCGGUAUCGACAGAAAAUCCUACACCGAUCACUGACAGUAUCAAAGUCUGUGCAAUGGUUGCUGAGACGGUGGAGGGCAGUGGUGACCAGCCACCUCUGAAGAAGCGCAAGUAUCAGCGCCGCACCUUUAUCAAGGAGACCACACCACCCGCAAAGACCCGAACGCCCGGCGAUUAUACUCUAACGCCGCUGUUGCUAUCAGAGCCGCAGACGGCAUGGGUUCGCUGCAUGAAUUGCGAGACGGCAUUUGUGCAGCAAAAUGCGUACUACACCAAGAGUUCGUGCCCGCGCUGCGAACGCCACUCCAAGCUAUACGGUUACAUUUGGCCGAAGACUGAGAGGGCCGGGCCUCAAGAUAAGGAGCAGCGCAUCUUGGACCACCGCCUUAUCCACCGGUUCCUGGGGCGCGACGAGGAGGCGCGUAUCCGGGGACGAAAACGACCGGCAGCGAGCACAUCGGAGACACUCGAGGAUUACGCGGGGAGUAGACUGGGAAACAAGCGCCUCAGAGCCGCGGGUGAAGUGUCCGGGGAAGGCGAAGAUACGAGCGGGUUAAGACGGAGUGGUCGAAUGCGCAAGGCUAGCAUCAAGGUGGCAGAGCCGUAGGGGAGGCGAGGCGCGAAGCAGCCAACCGGAGCGGUCCGGGACCCAGCCGGAGAGAAACUCUCCCCAGUCCGGGGCUCCAAAGGCUCCCACCGUGGCUUUUCCUUGAACGCAGAAACGAACGACGGGGAUUUAUAAUUGGAACAUGGGGGAAACAUGAGGUAGAAAAGGCGUAUGUCUUGUGUUUCAUUGCGACAGCACAAUUUCUGGCUUGGGAUUUUGGUUUGGUCUUUUUUCUCCCCCAGCUUUUAUUUCCCUGCUAUGCAUGCAUAAUGGCAUGUACGCAUGUGCGGUACAUAGUAGAUACCAUAGCUCCUCGCCUUGCAUACUACUGUCCGUCUGCAGGGUCGCAGAGGAUGCACAGGGGACUUUUUUAUCCUUCCCCCCUUUCGAUUUUGGCGUGGUGUUGAGAGACAACAUUCCAGCCGGCUGUCUUGGCUGGUAAGCUACUUUAGAUAAGGAGGAAUUGGAUGCACACACACAGACACAGAGCUAUACACAAGGGACCAAAGGGGAAUGUCCAUUGCGCC